UGCGCUGUGUGGCCCAGAGCACUGGCGUGUAAUCUCUCAAAACAAAUACAAACUUCGAGGAAAAUAGUGUUGUCUGGCUAAUAAUCUAUAGUAGCGGGGUUGUGCUUUACUUUCAAACGCGUCCUGUCAAAUGAAACAUUCACCUGGGUUGCGUAAAACAAAGGCAAUUAAAAUACAAGACCCUCCCUCCGCUGAGCAGUAGCUCAUUAGAAUACAUAUACAGAAGGCGCUUAAAACGCGGGUUAUGGUUCUCAGACACAGCAAAAGCUCUGCGACAGCCCUCUGAACAACUUUACAUACGACGAUUUGUUGUACUUGUUGCUGUUUGCUCGGUAUCUGGAUACCGUGGACUGGACUGUGUUAAAUUAUUCCUGCAAUCCAGCACAUUUCCACACCGAUGGAGAAGGAAGCGAGACCGUCGUGGGAUAACCCCAUGCAGUUUAUCCUGGCAUGUGUGUCCUAUGCCGUUGGACUUGGAAAUGUGUGGCGUUUUCCAUACCUUUGUCAAAUGCACGGAGGAGGUGGGUUCCUCAUCCCGUACCUGAUCAUGCUGGUCCUGGAGGGGGUUCCCCUGUUCUACAUGGAGCUGGCCAUCGGCCAGAAGAUGCGGUUGGGGAGCAUCGGAGCAUGGAGCGCAAUCAACCCCUACCUGGGGGGAGUGGGUCUUGCCAGUGUCAUGACGUCUCUGUACCUCUGCCUGUACUACAACGUCAUCAACGCCUGGAGCUUCUGGUACCUCUUCCAUUCAUUCCAGUCCACGCUCCCCUGGGCUGAGUGCCCCCUGAACAGCAACCUGACCGGCCCGUUGGAGGAGUGUGAGCGAGGCACGCCCACCGAGUACUUCUUCUUCAGGGAGACGCUGGACAUCUCGUCUUCCAUCGAGGAGAACGGGGGCGUGCACACGGGCCAGGCGCUCUGCCUUGUUCUGGCCUGGAUGAUUGUCUACCUGUUCAUUGUCAGGGGCGUCAAGUCCACCGGCAAGGUGGUGUAUUUCACAGCUACCUUCCCCUACCUGGUCCUGUUCAUCUACCUGGUGCGGGGAGUCACACUGCACGGAGCCGUGAACGGGAUCAAGUACAUGUUCACCCCCAAGCUGGAGCAGCUGGCUAACCCCACCACCUGGAUCAACGCCGCCACUCAGAUCUUCUUCUCUCUGGGUCUGGGCUUCGGCUCGCUCAUCGCCUUCGCCAGCUACAACCAGUACAACAACAACUUCCAGCAGCAGGCCAUCGUGGUGUCCAUGAUCAACAGCGGCACGUCCGUGUUCGCCAGCAUCGUCACCUUCUCCAUCUACGGCUUCAAGGCUACUUUCAACUAUGAGACCUGCCUGGAGAGGAUGCGUGUGCUGUUUCUGAACACCUUUGAUCUGGCAGAGGACUCCAUCACCAUGGAGACCGUCGACCACUGGGCCUUGGAGCUGAACCGGACCCAGCCAGACCUGUUUGCUAGCAUCGCAAGCAAGCUGGAGAGCUGCAGCUUGGAGGCUGAACUAGACACGGCAGUGGAGGGCACAGGCCUGGCCUUCAUCGUGUACAGCGAGGCCAUAAAGAACAUGCCGUUACCUCAGCUGUGGUCGGUGCUGUACUUCCUGAUGCUGCUGCUGCUGGGAAUGGGCAGCAUGCUGGGCAACGUGACGGCCAUCAUUACCCCCCUGAGGGACUUCAAGGUGAUCUCCCGCAACAUCAGCAACGAGACCUUUAAUGGCUUGGUGUGUGUGGUGUGUCUGCUGCUGGGUCUGGGGUUCACCACGCGGUCGGGGAACUACUGGUUCACCAUGUUCAACGACUACGGAGCCACCUUCUCCCUGCUGUUCAUCGUCCUGGUGGAGGUCAUCACCGUCAGCUACAUCUACGGCAUCAGGAGGUUUGAGAAGGACAUCGAGGACAUGCUGGGCCACCGUCCUAACUGGUACUGGAAGAUCAUGUGGGCGGUGGUGAGCCCCCUGCUCCUCGUGGCUCUCUUCAUCUUCUACAUCAUCAACUACAUCCAGGGAGGCACCCCCACCUACCAGGCCUGGAACAAAGACCUGGGAAAGUCGGUGGUGCUGGAGUACCCCCCCUACGCCCAGGCCUUCAUCGGCCUGCUGCUGGUGUCCUCUGUCAGCUGCAUCCCCCUCUUCGCCCUCUACACCUACUGCCGGAGGAGGCAGGGGGGGCCGGGGGCCCCGGAGCACCCCAUCAGCCUGGGGGCCUCCCCGACCGCUUAGGAGGGCGAGGGCCGGCAGAGGGGAGGAGGGGGGAAAAGAGGGGGGAGGAGUAGAGGAGGAGGUGCA